CGAACUUAUGUUGGGAAUAGCACGGUGACCUCCUCCUUGGUCUGUAAAUACAGUCCGCUGUGGAGAAAUGAAGACGAGCGAAUUAUUAGUUGUUACGCUGUAAAUGGAGUAAGUGUACUUUCCACCAGGUUUACUGUUAUAUCCACUUUGAGUUGCAUAUUUCGUAGGGAUUUAUAGUUAACAACUACAGCUGUCAUUCUUUUUGUCAUCUGCUUUUGAUUAAUUGGGAACUCAAGAAAUAGCCUUUACUUUACUUGUUUAUAUAUUAUACUAUAGCUUAAUCUAAAGUAAUGGCUGUGCAAAUGCCCAUUACUGGACUCCUGUUUUUGCACAGACUGGUGAGAAUUAGCACAUCCAGUCAAAGACAUCUCAGUAGCAUGGGCAUUCUCCUGAAAUAUGAGAGGGAGACAAGAACUUUUUCAACUGCUUCUGUGAAAUUGAAUGAGAAUAAGGGAGACAACGAGGACUCCUCACCCGUGGCCACCAAGCUGACCUUCAGGCAAGCACUGCUGUCCAGAAGGAGGCGACCUCUGUCCCCCCUCGAGAGGCUCAGUAACUUACUGCCCCAGGACACCCUAAGCCCAGAGGUGAUGAAACUGAGGGAGCAGAACCAGCAAGACCCUGAAGAAGUCCCAAUCAUCCAGGAAUUGGGCACACAAGAAAGAAGUGGACAUGAAACAAUUCCUAAAGAGGCUGAUUCAGAGACCCAUCAUGCAUCAGAUGCGUCUACGGAGACAAACGCUUCAGACACCCAGUUGAACGAAGCAUUUCACGAGGACAAAAGUUUGACUUCACCCACUCUUCCUGGGGAGAGCUUACUUGCGUUCGGGGAGCUUCUUGUUGCUGAGUAUCGCAAGAAGGGGCGAGUGGAGUUCAGGAAGAUGUUCGAGCUUCAGACAGGGACACGUCUGCAGAGCAGCUGGGGGAUUAUCCAGCACGACGACAUAGCGGGGCAGCCUGCAGGUUGCUUCCUGAAGACAAGCAGGGGGGUUCUCAUCCUCGUACGUCGGGCCAGUCUGGAGGAUUAUGUGCUGUAUAUGAAGAGAGGGCCAGCCAUUGCCUACCCUAAGGAUGCAGGUACUAUGCUGAUGAUGAUGGAUGUCACAGAGGGAGACCGCGUGUUGGAGUCGGGCUCUGGGUCCGGGGCCAUGUCUCUGUUCCUGUCCAGAGCAGUUGGCUGUAGGGGCAGCGUGCUGAGUGUGGAGGUCAGGGAGGACCACCACCGGAGAGCUGUGCUCAACUACAAGCGCUGGAGGACAUCAUGGAGUCUGCGGCGAGGGGAGGAGUGGCCCGACAACGUUCAGUUUCACAACUCUGACCUCUGCACGGCUUCCUUGCUCCUUGGGGCUCAAGGAUUCCAUGCGGUUGCCCUUGACCUGAUCAACCCUCACCUGGUUUUACCCACUGUGAUUCCACAUCUGCACCCUGGAGCUGUAUGUGCUGUCUACCUCGCCAAUAUAACACAGGUCAUUGACCUACUUGAAGCGCUUCGGUGUUUGGCACUCCCUUUGCUGUGUGAACGCAUCAUCGAGGUUCCAAUGCGAGAUUGGGUGGUAGCUCCGGCCCUCCAGAAGGAUGGGAGAUACUGCGCCAGAAAAUCACCAAUCCUGGAUGAAGAUCAGAGGGAGGAUGAGACAACGGUUGAGGCUGACACAGAAGAGAUGACCACAGAGAAACACCCGGCCUUCGGGAGUAUUCCCUACAUUGCCAGACCUCAUCCGGAACAAAUGAGCCACACAGCAUUCCUGGUGAAACUGAGGAAGUGUGUGCGGUAGCUUUACUGCCUGUUGGGAACCUUGCAAAAAUUGUUUCAUAUCCACUUGAUCACUGUAAAU